CUUUGGCAACGCUUCUCGAAUUUUCAACUUCUCAUCUCUGUUGGAGUUUUGUCUCAUCAAUUCGUCGAAAUAAACUUAGAAACAUCGCAAAGUUUUCUGCAUUUGGCCUUUAGACAAUCAAAAGAUAUGUCUGUCGGCAUUAACAUAUCCGGUGCUAGAAGGGGCUUCAGUGCUCAUUUGACUCCAUGUGACUGCCCUCGACCAAAGUCGAUGUUCCGGCCAUCAAAGUGGAAUGAAGAUGUAGAAGAAGCCUACCGGUUCCAACUCGCUGGAUACAGAGAUGAAAAAGAAUAUGCAGCCAUCCACGCAAAUCUUAAUGAUCUCAUGAGAUGGGAGCACAAUGGAUUCAUCAAGCGGUUGAAACGGAAAAUGGAUGGCUAUUUCUAUUACUACAACAAAGGCCGCGAAUGUACUGAUAAAGAUGUGCACAAGUGUAAAAUGUAUGUGUAUUAACUGUAGGCAACUUGUCCUUGGAGGAAAUUGUCAGUAUUCAAUGGAUCAACAAUGGAUGUUUGGUCCAAACAUACCCAAAAAUGAACGCGGCACAAGAAGUCUUGUCCUGUGGUGUAUUGAAUCUUUGAUUGAGUUCGUUUAUUUCUCCUUCAGUUUACAGUAAUCUGGCCUUUGCAACUAUGAGUAACGGUGUUUUAACUACAAACUAUAACAGAACAGCGAUUUUCAUUGAUCAGAGUUACCAUACAGGGGACCAGAUUCUGUUAUCACACAAGUUAGGGUCUAACUGUUUCUUUAAAAUCGGCUGAAAAAAAUUGAACACCCAGAAGUACUAGCAGAUUGCACAUAGUGUAGUGCUCAAAUCACAUCAAUAGGAAUAAAAUGUGCCGUCCAGUAGGGAGGCUGAAUAAUCGGUGCAAAAGCAAUGCAUUUUUUGUCAAUUUUGCCAUCAUUUAAAAAUUGCAACUUUCAUCAAUCUUAUCAGUAGAACCUUUGGUUGAUCCACGUGUUUUCUUCAACUGAUGAGACGAACUCAUCCUGAUGAAUUGAAGGCUGCGGGUUAAGGAAGUUGGAACAGAGCAUGACAAAAAAAAUGUAUUUUUCUCCAAUAUUCUGCUGAAAGAUUGAUGAACAGUGGUCAAGGGCACCACUUUUUUUCACCUUUGUUUUGAGGGUCGUUCACGGACCAAACAUAGUCUGCAUGAAAAGAACAAAAUAUUUUACAAUUGAAAUCCGCAAAAAGUAAAGUGGUCCUGUGUCUUGCAAUCUUUGUACCCAUGACACAUCUCUUUAUUUGUUUCAUGAAUGACUUCUGCUUAACAAAGGUGAUUCGAAAGUUUGCCUAAAAGUUGGAUGUAGUUUAUCAAGCCUGGCUAUUAUGAAAUAUGGCUUUGUUUGUAUAGAAGUAGUUGUGUAAAUAUGUAGGAAAACCGUCCAAAUUUUAUCUGUGCCGUCCUGUCUACCGUUUGCUGAAGGUGUAUGUCAUUUCAAGAACCAAGAGUUCAUUACAUUCAAACGAGAUGCGCUGAAGAUUUGAGUGUACAUGUACCUAUUACAUGCACAACAAGAAGUACUAGAGAUUUGAAGUGUUCAAUAUAUACAAACCACAAGCACUGAAGAUUUGAGUGUAUCCACAAUUGAAGUGCAUUCUAUCUUGUGUAGUUUUUGUUAUCUUUCUAGAUUUCAUUCCAGUUCGUGUUUUACCCGAUGAAAAAAAACUUCUAAGAAUCUCUCUUUAAGCACAUUUGUGUCCGAUUGUCUAAAUUUGCUUCAAACAUAGUACUUUAAAUCAACUGCCGCAGUCACUCAGAUACACUGUAAUAUACCACAUUGUUUUGUCUCUUUUGAAUGACCAUAAUUGUUUGAAUUCCGAACUUUUAACCGAAAUAGAAUAGAAGAAAAUAUCAUUUACUUCUUGCGAUCUCCUCUUUUGGAUCACAUGUUUCACAUGGUUUUGACACGAUUGACAAACCACAUUUGUGAAAGUUAAGUUACAAUUUUUCUACUUAUUCACUGUUUCUGAAUCAAAUAUUUUGAGUCUGAAAUAAAUCAUUUUGUUGUGUAAAUAA